UCGGUCGCGGCAGCCGCUAACGCCAUGGCGUUCCCUGUAAGACUCGACGACCAAAACUAUGACAUAAAAAAGUUCUUACGCGACCACCCCGGCGGCACAAACACGUUGAAAAACUAUAAAGGGAAAAAUAUAUUGCAGGCGAUGGAAAAAUUUGGACAUAGUGUUAAUGCUUAUCAUAUGUUGAAUGAUUUCAAAGUGGAGAGUGAGAAAGAUGGUAAUUUGUGUAGUGUUAGUGAAAAUGGUAGGAUAAUCACGAGAGAAGAGGAUAGGAGGGAUAAGGAGGAGAUCGCUUAUUUAGAGGAACUGGAGGCUCGAUUGGACUGGUCAAAGCCUCUCCUAUCGCAACUAGACGCCAUCGCCCCAGACUACGAGAAGUGGGUAAACAGUGCUGUGUACCGGCAUUGUCGACUCUUCAGCAGCCCAGUGUUGGAAGCGCUUACCUUCACACCCUGGUACCUGGUCCCAGCUUGCUGGUUACCAGCUAUACUGUGGCUGGCCACACAUCAAUACAGAGAGCACGUGGCUCAAGACAGCACCGAUGCCCUCUCCAUCCUUCAGUUUUCCUGGCACCUCGCGCUGGGCCUAUUCCUAUGGUCCAUCAUAGAAUACUCGCUCCACCGAUGGGUCUUCCACUUAGACCCUGGGAAGAACCUCACCAUGAUCAAGAUACAUUUCCUUGUACAUGGUCUACAUCAUAAGAUGCCGUUCGACGGUCUUCGCCAAGUAUUUCCACCGGUGCCCGCCCUGAUGCUGGCAUGCCUCAUUUAUCAGCCAGUCUCCUGGUUUCUGAGUUACCCACUCAUCAAACUCACUGGUGGACUCAUAGGUUAUUUAACGUACGACAUGAUACACUAUUACGUGCACCACGGCUCGCCCGCUGACGGCACUUACCUCUACGCGAUGAAGCGCUACCAUUCCAACCAUCACUUCGUUAAUCAUGACAAAGCAUUCGGUAUCAGCAGUGAAAUCUGGGACCACGUGUUCAAAACCUUCGUGAAGCUACGGACGCUCGGAUUCAGCUUACGUUGGAACUGAUCCUUUUGGAACCUCUGAACUGAUAUUCAGAAUUAGAUAAGAGUAUAAUAAAGCAGUACUUAACUAACAU